CCCUAACCCUAGAAAUUGCUUUCUUCUUUGCUCUGUCGAUUGUUUUCGCCGAUCGAGUCAGAGGCGUCAGCUGCAGGAGCACAUCAACCAACCCUAACAAUCCGUUCGAAAUGGGUAAGGUUCACGGAUCUCUGGCUCGUGCCGGGAAGGUGAGAGGCCAAACUCCAAAGGUGGCGAAACAAGACAAGAAGAAGAAGCCCAGAGGCAGGGCUCACAAGCGCAUGCAGUACAACCGGCGUUUCGUUACAGCCGUUGUCGGUUUUGGAAAGAAGAGGGGCCCCAACUCAUCAGAGAAGUAAGGUUCAAAUUUGAGGAGUUAUUUUAGGAUUAGGAUGAUGGUUCUAGUUGUGAAUUUUUGUUUUUAGCCACUACAGGUGCUGGCAUAUUAAUAUGGAACCUUAGUUGAAUAUAAGUUUACUCUAUUAUGUACGGUUGACAUAGAAUAUCUCUGGAAUUUUUAUUCUUGUUUGAUAUUUUGCUGCAAGGGAAAUAUUCAACAUUUGAAAUUAA